AUUGCUUUCAAUUUCAUCCACCAUUCCCGCAUUCAAAUCCCUAUUCUCUUGCAAUAUAAAUGUCUCAACUUUCUCCUAGGGUCAUUACAUUCAUUGUUAAUUAUGGAUUCGACCCUGGAUUCUAAGCUCGUUACUAAACCUGUCGAGGCGGGAAAAUUGAAGAAAAGAGUACGGUCGCCGUCGCUGCUGCUGCCAUCAUCGUCAUAUGGUUUGGUGUCGUACAAGGAGUUGCCGGAGUACAUGAAGGACAAUGAGUUUAUUGUGAAUUAUUAUAGGGCUAACUGGCCUCUCAGAGAAGCUCUCUUUAGCAUCUUUCGUUGGCACAACGAAACACUUAAUGUUUGGACGCACUUAUUUGGGUUUGUUCUAUUUCUGGGAUUAACAAUGGCGAGUUUGAUUGAAGUCCCACAGGUAUUGGAUCUCAUUGCCUUCAUAACCAGGUCAUUUCCUGUUAGUGGCAACAUCAAUGUUUCUCAAGACCUUGUUCUGGGAACGGCGUCGAAUCUCAUCGAUUUGAAGCCAAUAACUGCUUCGGAAUCAGACAUUACCCUCACGGAGACGCCCGUAACACGGUGGCCGUUCUACGUAUUGUUAGCCGGCUCCAUGUUCUGUCUUCUAUCGAGCAGCAUUUGCCAUCUCUUUUCUUGCCACUCGCACCGGCUAAACAUCAUGUUGAUGCGAAUGGACUACACCGGGAUCGCCAUCAUGAUCAUCGCGACGUUUUUCCCACCGGUCUAUUACAGUUUUCCAUGUGAUCCGCAAUGGCAGUUCAUCUACCUUGGUGGGAUCACGGUUCUAGGCUUGUUCACCAUUGUGACACUGCUAUCACCAGCCAUGUCGACCAACAAAUUCCGACCCUUUCGAGCGUUACUCUUCGCUUCUAUGGGGCUCUUCGGCAUCGUUCCCGGAACUCACGCCGCGAUUGCCAACUGGUCUAAUCCGCGCCGCAACAUCGCCCUCGCCUACGAAUUCGCCACAUCUAUAUUCUACAUAACCGGGGUCAUGUUCUACGUUAGCAGAGUCCCGGAGCGGUUCAAGCCCGGAUGGUUCGACUUAGCCGGCCAUAGUCAUCAAAUAUUUCACGUCAUGGUGGUCAUGGGUGCAUUGGCUCAUUAUGGCGCUUCUCUUGUAUUCCUGGACUGGCGUAAUCACCAAAGCUGUUAAUUGCUUCAUGCAUGAUCACAAUUUAAAGAAAGUUUUUGAAGCAUAUCAUUAAUGAGUUGUUAAAAUAUAUUAUGGGUUAGUACUUGAUACAUUAAUAUAUAUUUUUUUUAAUUUUAUAAUUUAUAACUUUUUUUA